GCGGAGUGAGGGCGGGGAGGGGGAGGUCCGGCAUCCGGGGCAGAGUCCAGCGGGCAGCAGGGGGUGGAGGACUAAAUGCUUGGGCGAGGGGCUGGCGUGAGAGCCUGGAGAUCCGGAUUCUAGCUCAGCUAUCCCAAGCUGUGACCGCAGGCAAAUUACUAUCCCUGACUUUACUAUCCCUGUCCGUGAAUCGCCAGCGAUAAUAUCUGCCUCAUCAGGAUGCUGGGGGAACUCAGAAAAAUAAUGCAAAAAUGCGCCCGGAGCAGCGAGGCCGCUCAGCCAAGUUGGUUGGAGCUGGAUGAGCCCAGGAGGCGUUGGAGGCAGCCUGGCCGGAGGCGACUGCGGGCCAGGCCUCCCCCAUGAAAGGCCUCAGUGUCUGGAGCUUCCUUCUCCCUCCAUCCCCCCUGCGCUGAGUUUGCUCAGGGCGGGGUGCACACCUUGCAGUGGAAUGGAUGCCAAGGCCACGUCUUCACCGGCCAGCUCAGUGAGGACUACAGUUGGGCGGGAUCCUUAGCUCCAAACCCGAGUAAUCUGGCCGCCCUGGGGUGGGGCGGGGCCACCGCCAGGACAGCGGUGCUGCAGCCCCAGAGCUGGGCUCAGCCUGCCUGGCAGAGGACCCCACCCUGAAAUCACCUGGUGCAAUGGCAGAAAAGGUGCUGGUAACCGGUGGGGCUGGCUACAUUGGCAGCCACACGGUGCUGGAGCUGCUGGAGGCGGGCUACUCACCCGUGGUCAUCGACAACUUCCAUAAUGCCAUCCGUGGAGCGGGGUCCAUGCCCGAGAGCCUGCGGCGGGUUCAGGAGCUGACAGGCCGCUCUUUGGAGUUUGAGGAGAUGGACAUCUUGGACCAGGCAGCCCUGGAGCGUCUCUUCAAGAAGCACAGCUUCACGGCGGUCAUCCACUUUGCGGGGCUCAAGGCCGUGGGCGAGUCAGUGCAGAAGCCUCUGGACUAUUACAGAGUUAACUUGACAGGAACCAUCCAACUUUUGGAGAUUAUGAGCGCACAUGGGGUGAAGAACCUGGUAUUCAGCAGCUCGGCUACCGUGUAUGGGAACCCCCAGUACCUGCCCCUGGACGAGGCCCACCCCACCGGUGGCUGUACUAACCCCUACGGCAAGUCCAAGUUCUUCAUCGAGGAAAUGAUCCGGGACCUGUGCCAGGCAGACAAGACCUGGAAUGCAGUGCUGCUGCGAUAUUUCAACCCCACAGGCGCCCACGCCUCGGGCUGCAUUGGUGAAGAUCCCCAGGGCAUCCCCAACAACCUCAUGCCCUAUGUCUCCCAGGUGGCCAUUGGGCGACGGGAGGCACUGAAUGUCUUUGGCAACGACUAUGACACAGAGGAUGGCACAGGCGUCCGGGACUAUAUCCAUGUAGUGGAUCUGGCCAAAGGCCACAUCGCAGCCCUGAGGAAACUGAAGGAUCAGUGUGGCUGCCGGAUCUACAACCUGGGAACGGGCACAGGCUAUUCAGUGCUACAGAUGGUCCAGGCCAUGGAGAAGGCCUCCGGGAGGAAGAUCCCGUACAAGGUGGUGGCACGGCGAGAAGGUGACGUGGCUGCCUGUUACGCCAACCCAAGCCUGGCGCUCCAGGAGCUGGGCUGGACAGCAGCCUUAGGGCUAGACAGGAUGUGUGAAGAUCUAUGGCGCUGGCAGAAGCAGAAUCCUUCCGGCUUUGGCGCACAGGCCUGAGACCCUCCUACCGCAGACAGAAAACACAAACAACUGCUGCUCUCCAGCAUCUGGCAGGACACAGGGGCCUCGAGCCUGCCCUACCUCAGACCCCAGCCAGGCCCGCCCAGCCCACAGGCAUGAGGCCAAGGGCUCCAAUGAUGAGGAGUCAGUGGUCUCUAACUCUUCUCUUCCCCAGGGGCUGGGAACCCAUCAGGAUCACCAAGAGCGAGGGGGGAGGCAGGGUCCUGAGCCUAGCACCCUACUCCCGGGCACUAAUUUAUACUGCUGUGAAGGCACUCUCCAAAGUAUUUAAAAUAAAAGGUUUUCUUACACUGGA